AUGGACAGUUCCCUCUCAGAGUCAACCUCAGCUUCCAAGGGAAGCAUGCCAGUACACCUGAACCUGGAUCGACAAUAUUCUGAAGCCUGCAAAGAAGUAAAACAACCUGUGAACCCAUUCAUAAAUCAUGUUCUCCAUGAAGUGAGCCAGCGUGAUGAAGGGUUGACCAAAAGGAUAACAAUUAAAAUAGCUGGGAACAACCGCUUGGUACCUGUGCAGAAGGUGACAGAUUCCGAUUUUCAAAUCCUUGCUUCUGUCUUUAUGAACAAUGUAUUUAUUACAGGGCUGGACCUGAGAUACAAUCUCUUAACUGAUGCUGGUGCAGUCCACAUUGCUGCUUUCCUUCAGGACAAUCGGACCCUGCUCUACCUCAAUCUGAUGUUUAAUGACAUUGGUACCUUUGGAGCAGAAUUGAUAGCUAAAGCAAUGCACAGAAAUGAAACUCUGUGUUACUUAAGAAUGACUGGCGACAAGAUUGAGAAUAAAGGAGGAAUGUAUUUUGCAGCAAUGAUUCAGGUGAACAACACAGUACAGAAGUUAGAUUUUGGAGACUGUGACCUGGGCACACAGUCCCUGAUAGCAUUAGCAACUGUUAUGAAUCAGAAUGUAUCAAUCAAAGCCUUAAAUCUCAACCGGCCAAUUCUGUACAGUGAAACAGAAGAAACCACGGUCCACAUAGCUGCCAUGCUGAAAGUCAACAGCACCUUGGUUGAAUUGCAUUUAUGUAAACAUGAAAUGAAGAAUUUUGGAAUUGAACGUCUGUGUGAUGCCUUGUAUGAAAAUACCUCUCUCCGAUAUCUUGAUCUCAGCUGUAACAAAAUUAGCCGAGAUGGUGUCAAGUUUUUAGGACAGCUAUUAAAACAAAACAGAACACUCGAGAUUCUGGAUCUUAAUUUUAACAGGAUAGAAGAUGAUGGUGCUCUGUACCUGAGUGAAGCACUUGCUACGCAUAAUCGGACCCUUCAAGCGCUAGCAGUGACGCGCAACAAUAUAACUGGAGUAGGAUUGGUGGCACUUUCAGAUGCCAUGAAAACAAACCCUGUCCUUUCAUACAUCUACAUCUGGGGAAACAAAUUUGAUGAAGCUACUUGCGUGGCGUUUGCAGAAUUACUUCAGAGUGGCCGCUUGAAGCCGACUGGAACGGACGUUGACCCAUAUGAAGUGGAUGGGAAAACAUACCUUGCUGAAGUCUCUCAUGGCCUUAAGGGUCAUUACUACUGGACACCAAGUUACGGAGAACCAGAUAACAAAAAUGCUAAUGCAUCUUUAGCAAUAAAUCCUGUUACACAAAAUUUAUGA